AUGAAAGGAUUUUGCCAAUUUUGGUUCCUCCUUCUUGUCGUUAGUACUUCAGUUAUAAAUGUUCCAUGUUCCACUUGUUCAAAUAACGGGGACUGUACAAAUCAUGGCGGGAUUUGUUGUCCGAGUGACUUCACUUGCAGUACGAAUGAAAGGUGUCAUAGACGUUCGUGUAUCAUCAACAGCCAUUGCCCUGCUGGUAAAGAAUGCCUGAAUUCGAAGUGUAUUCCCCGAUUAAAAACGUGCUACUCGGAUAGAGACUGCUUUGAAAACGCUACCUCUUCACGAAAAUUGAAAUGUUGCCGCGAGAAAUGUAAAGAUGUUUUUUUGUGCUCUAUCCCUACAACCAAAACAACACUAACAACAAGAUCUGGAUUUUCGUGUAUCAGCUGGAAAGACUGCUCUGAAGGGCAGAAGUGCGAGGGAGGAAAAUGCAAGGAGAGCUCAGAGAUCACGGUUACAAAGGCAGGAUUUCUAUCCGCAGCCAUUUUGACUGGGUCAAUAUUUUUGCUUAUUCUAUGUUGUUGUUUUGUGCGCGAGAGUCGGUACAGUAGACAGAGAUAUGCGGAGCGACAGCGAAGAUCAAGAAGAAGAAGAAGAUCUCGGCAGGGUAGAAGACGGUCAACACUUCCUACUACAAAUGCGGUAGAAAAUGGAGCAUUUACCACAGAUUGCGAAGGGGGAUUUACAAUACCUCCCCCAGAAUACCCUAGGGAUGAAUUGAUUACUUCCGCGGAUGAUAAUGAUGCUAAUUCUACUCCACUGGGGGAACAGAAUUGUUCACCCCCGCCCUACUGCACUCUGUCUUUCGACCUCCCGCCUUCAUAUGAAGAAGCCCUUCAAACUGAAGCGAACGGGGGUGAUUUAACAGAAGUAGCAUAG